AUGACAGCUCCGUCGAAUAUAACCCAUGCUGCGCCACAGCAACAACAAUAUUUGGUGUUGUUCGACUUUGAUGAGACCAUCAUCAAUGAAAGCAGUGAUGAUGCUGUGUUAAAUGCUUUGCCAGGCCAGCAGCUCCCCGACUGGCUGAAAAACAGUUACAGGGAGGGGCACUACAAUGAGCACAUGCAGCGGGUCUUAGCUUAUAUGGCAGAGCAAGGCGUGUCUAAGAACUCCAUCCAUUCAGCGGUGGAGAACAUCCCACCCACGCCCGGCCUCCUGAAUCUCCUCCAGUAUCUGCAGACCCACCUACAGGACUUUGAGCUGGCUGUGAUCUCUGAUGCAAACAUGUACUUCAUUGAGACGUGGCUGGAGCGCGCUGGGGUGCGUCACCUUUUUCGGAAGAUUUUCACAAACCCAGCCAGUUUCGAUGCGGCUGGUCGGCUUGUGCUGCUGCCCUUCCACUCCCACUCAUGUUCCCGUUGUCCUGAUAACAUGUGCAAGCAGGUGAUCCUUCGAGAGUAUCUGGCAGACCGGCAAAAGGAGCGUGGCGGUGCACCCUUCCAGAGGGUAUUCUAUAUCGGAGAUGGGGCCAAUGAUAUCUGUCCCUCUCUGGUUCUGGGACCCCGGGACACAGCCUUUCCUAGGAGGGACUUCCCCAUGCACAGGCUUCUUGUGGAGAUGCAGCAAUCCCAGGCAGCCAAGUUCAAGGCAAAUGUAGUCCCUUGGGCCAGCGGUGGGAACAUAGUGGACUACCUGAAGAAAAUAGUGGAGGAGAGAUGA